AAUUCUUCCCUUUCCUCUUUUACUUUUUUCUCAGUUCUUCUUUAAUUAUCCUCUAUUACAAGCCGUAGUCCCAUUUAUACACUACGCCUCGUUCAUUUGAAAUACUCCAUGUUAGAGCCAGACUCGAAACAGAGGGAUAUAGCAGCUAAAGGAAGACGUAAUCCUCGACCUAUUAAUUUGAUACCCGAUCUUGACGUGCCUCCUUUGAUACCACGCUGGUUUCAUGCCAUUGACAAUCCAAUCAUUGAUCCAGUCUCUAUAAGGCGAGCAAAGAGUAAUCCAUCAUUACGCAAAAGCUCCUCGUCACCUAAACUACACAACAAAACAACAUCUUCAACGGCUUCAAAAUGGGUAGCUUUUUCCAAACGAGAUUCAAUAGCACUUGAAAAAGCUUAUCAAGACCAUGACGUAAGAGCCAAAGUUCCCGUCAAUGAAGACCACUUAUUUGAGGUAGAUGUUACUGAACGUACCAUCAGCCCAGUUUAUUGGGAAGGACCGACAUACGAAGUGAGAAGAGCGACUUGGUUUAUGCAGUCAGAUGGCUGGAUACCCUGUGAGGAAAGCCUUGCUGAGCAACUUGAAUUGGGCUACUAGUAAAGUAUACACUUGAAAUUGCUACUGCGCCUCUCGUGUUGACCUGGGCUUACUGAAUCUGUAAAUAUAGCAAGCAUAAGCCUUAUCUGAGUAACAACGUUACAGCAUCAGGCACAAGUAACGUUGCUUCAUCAGAUGAUACACCAACUGCGAAUACCACAGAGUCAGAAGGGAAAUUAGAAGAAAUAACAAAGCAACCAUUAGACAAGCAUUGGAAUUUAUUGGGGCCUUACUUGGGUCAAUAUGUUGUAUACACUAGCAAAGACGCAGCCCAUUUAUUAUCUAACAGUACAAGCAGUAAGUUUGCACAGAGCAUUAUCACCCGCUUUACAAGCAAACAAAAUGU